CCCCCCUCAAGUUUGGUUGCGGGUUAAAGAAGAGACGAUGAGGGGAAACCGCCGCGCAUUACUUGGAGACAAAUCAUUACUAAAGCGUUUUUAGCGUCCAUUAAUGGCUGCGCCAACGCGAUAAAAAGAAAAUAGAGUAGAAGCUAAAGCGUAGGGGGGCCGCUCCAUUUUCCCCCUAAAAACGUGGCCCUCCCCCGCACAUUCAGCGGGGGUUGGUGAAGUUUGCAAGCUGGCAGGAGGAAAAACCGGGACAGAGAAGCGGGGAGAGGAUAUAGGGGGAGGCGAGCCAUCACGGACUAUGCUGCGGCUGGGGGGGAAACUUCGUGUGCGGGGCCGCUGAAAGUUAAAAAGAGACGCGUCGGGAGCCCCGGCGGCUGGCGGAUACUGGCGGAGACUCCGGGGGACUCGCUUCUACGGGCAAUGCGGCUGGCGGCGCCGAUCCGCUGCGGCGGCGGCGGCGGGUCAUGUCCGUCGGGCUGGCCGCGGUGGGGGCGGCGGCGCCGGCGGUGCCUUUUCUUCCUCCUGCUCCUGCUGGAGGCGGCCGCCUGCCUCGCCAACCCCGGCGCUCCGGCGAUAGACAACGGCGACCGGCCCAGCGUCAACGUCUACAUGGGCGAAGAGGAGGUGAAGACGCUCCUAGGUCUUGAUGCGGAGCUCUACUACGUGCGGGAUGAUGUCAUCAACCGCUAUGCCCUCUCCUUUGUCCUUCCUGUGCCGAGCGAGGUCAACAUCCUGAAUUUCACCUGGCACUCGAGGAACAAGGUGGAGUACAGUUUGGGCUUUCAGGUGGACAACCCUGCGGCCAUUAAGUUUCCCACCAGCAACAUCCCUGCCAAGGGGGAGGUGCCCCGCAGCCCCUCAGUUUUCCAAGUCAGCCUUACCUGCAGCGGGAACAUGGACGCAGAGGUGGUCGUCACCGUGCAGCUGAACAUCAGCCUGGCCGCCGACAACUUCACGGCCCUCGACUUCAAGAGGAGGAAGAUGUGCUAUGAACGGAUCGAGCAGCCGGACCCCAAGCUCCCAGCGUUCCCGAACAAGAAUCUGAGCAAGCCUUUGUACGAUGGUGUGAAUGCGGCCCCUGGCACCUCUACCCGCGUCUUCUACAUCAGCGUAGGCGUGUGCUGCGCCGUCAUCUUCCUGGUGGCCAUCGUCCUGGCCGUGCUGCACCUGCACAGCAUGAAGAGGGUGGAGCUGGAUGACAGUGGCAGCGACAGCGGAAGUUCCCAGGGUCUCUCCCAGCCGUCCACCCAGACCACGCAGUAUCUGAGGGCGGACACGCCCAACAAUGCCACGCCCAUCACCAAUAGUCACCCCGGUUCUGCACCCACUCUUCAGCUUGCCGCUGCCUCCUUCCCCAACCCCGGCGCCCCCUCCCAUGAAACCAAAAGUUACCCGUCGCUGCGGAUUGAAAAGAAUGACCUGCGGAGUGUCACUCUGAUGGAGGCCAAGGCUAAAGUGAAGGACAUCGCCAUAUCCCGGGAGCGGGUCACUCUCCGUGAUGUCCUACAUGAAGGCACCUUUGGCCGCAUUUUCCAUGGCGUUCUGCUGGAUGAGAAGGACCCGAGCAAGGAGAAGCGGGUCUUCGUGAAAACUGUGAAAGACCACGCCUCUGAAGUGCAGGUGACGAUGAUGCUAACUGAGAGCUGUAAGCUGCGUGGACUUCAUCACAGGAACUUACUGCCCAUCAGCCACGUGUGCACAGAGGAUGGGGAGAAGCCCAUGGUACUGCUGCCGUACAUGAACUGGGGCAACCUGAAGCUCUUUCUGCGCCAGUGCAAGCUAGCUGAGGCCAACAACCCCCAGGCGAUUUCUCAGCAGGACCUGGUGCACAUGGCCAUCCAGAUUGCCUGUGGCAUGAGCUAUCUGGCCCGGAGGGAGGUCAUCCACAAAGACCUGGCAGCCAGGAACUGUGUGAUCGAUGACAGUAUGCAGGUGAAGAUUACAGACAAUGCGUUGGCCCGGGACCUCUUCCCCAUGGACUACCACUGCCUAGGAGACAACGAGAACCGACCCGUCCGCUGGAUGGCCCUCGAAAGUCUGCUCAAUAACGACUUUGCGAGUGCCAGCGAUGUGUGGGCCUUUGGGGUCACCCUGUGGGAGCUCAUGACUCUGGGACAGACACCCUAUGUGGACAUCGACCCCUUUGAGAUGGCUGCAUACCUGAAGGAUGGCUACAGGAUAGCACAGCCGAUCAACUGCCCAGAUGAACUAUUUGCAGUGAUGGCUUGUUGUUGGGCUUUGGACCCAGAAGAGAGGCCCAAAUUCCAGCAGCUCGUUCAGUGCCUCACCGAGUUCCAUGCAGCUCUCGGGGCUUAUGUCUGAAACCUGACCCCCCACCCCCCGACCAACGGUGGCACUCCCCUGGAACAAGUACAUCUGCAGGAACAUGAAAUUGUUAAAGAAGGAUUUCAGACUCAAACUUAUAACCAGGAGACCACGGAUGCAUUACAUCGCUACUGCAUGAUAGUUUACUUGUUUGUGCCUUGAACAAAGCCUCCCAGGAACUUCACGGACCUGUAACUGAGCUGCUCUUCUCAGUUUUCUGUGCAAGACGUGCAGUUUUUGUCCCGGUGACAGGUCAUGAAAGACUGAUCUGCUCACGCCGUGUCGUACAGUUUUAACUUUUUUUUUUUUUUUAUAUUUGGGUAAAUGCUACUAGGUCAUUCUCAGCUUUUAGCCUGGUUAAGACUGAUCUCAGUUUUUAGUAGCUCCCCCUCCCCACGUUUUCCGUUUUGUCUGAGUGGAGCAGCUUGUUACUGUUUUACUUCAUAAGUUUAUUUUGAGAGAAUCUUCUACAGACGAGAGACGGCACCAAUGGACCAGGCUGUCGAUGAGAAGAUUCUAGAACCUGCCUCCAGGAUGUUCUUGAAGCUAUUGUUGACACAUGGACUCAAACCUCUGUGGGUGGAGCUGACUGGUGAUUAAUAUGACCAAUCGCAAGACUGUUAUGUACAGCAACACUGUUGGUUCAUAUCAACAAACCUUUUGCCUAUAAAUGCUCCGCCCAUUAACAGGGAUCACAUUUAAGAGUUCAGGUGCCCAUACACAGUGUCUUACUUUUUGCCAAAUUUGUUAUAUUGUCUGUUCACAUGCAGUUUAAACUGAGCUUACCCUGUUCUCAAGAGAAACGAUAACCAUUCAUAGUGUGUUCCACUUUAAAUGAUGGUAAUGCUACGAUGAUCUGUAAAUUCACGACCCAGCCGAUGCUGCCAGAGUGAUCGUGGUUUCGCUUGGAUGUUUUUCUUGACAUUUCUGUGUGUGAAUGAAUCUCUCUCUCGAAUUACAAUCAUUUUACAACUAA